AUGACAACAAAUACUCUAAUAAUUACGUUCACUGGAUUUGAUUCAAGGUAUGAGGACAAUGUGGGCGCUCAACUUGAUGCUAUUAUGGACUUUUUAAAAGUAUGGCUUUAUGACAAUAUUUUAACAAAAUUUGAAAUCAAUAAUUCCAACCCUCUAGUUUUGUUAAAAUUGGAAAAAUUUAAAAGAAUACUAAUCGUUGCCCCAGAUCACCAACUAUCUGAGUUAAUCAUAUCAUCGAUCGUCCAAUCUAAUCAUUUUUCUGAACUUUAUUGCAGAAUUUGUUAUACUUUACAAGAUUCAAAAAUCAAUGAGAGAACAUAUUUGGAAGUACCGAAAUCGCAAAAAUUAUUCUUGAUAUCUCCACCUGUGUCUCCACCACCAGAAUUUGAUUUUGAAAGAGUUGAAGAUGAACCAAGUAGAAUCACGCAUCAUAUAGAUGAUGCUCCAAAGGCUAUGACAAGUUUCCCUGCUGAAACUAACGAAUUGAAAACCACCGCGACACAAGACAUUCCUACUCUGAUGCUUAACGGUGCCGAUAAACCAGACGGCCAUAGACUAUUAUUAAGUAGCAGUGUAGCCAAUAUAACACUCCAAAGACGGCCAAGUGUGUCAGUGAAUGUCGACGACGAACCGCAUGAGUCAGUAGAAACGUUUAAAACAGUACUCCCACCAAAAUCUACAUUUGAUGAUGACAGUGACCUGGAAGAAUAG